AUGUUUUCACUUCCAGGAAGCAAAUAACGCAUUUUGUUACCACAAAGACACAAGACUAUUUGCUUCAAACCAGAAGUAUAAGUAACCCAAAAACUGAAACACGCCAAGGCUCUUCACCCAUUUCAUUAAUAGUUGAAACCCAUCUCGUCUAAAUGCUUAGAAUAUGCUCUUUCAACCAGGUAGGAAGAUUAGACUAUUAUAAGUUCAAGUGAAUCAGAAGGAGAAUGUGAGAACAACAAAAGUUGUCAUUGCAAGGAUUGUGGACAUUAAUCCCAAAAAAUGAAACAUAUCAAAAAGAAAUAUCGACGUUUCAGUCCUGUGAUGCAUGGUAAAAUGAGAGAAAGGAGAAAUAAACUCAAACAGAAAUUUAAAAAUGCAGUUUAUGUUAUUAUGUGGAUGCUAAAAUUAGUGAUUCUGAGAAAGAAAAAACCUGUGAUAAUCAAAAAAAUAGUGAGAUUGAAAACCAAAUUGUUUGAAACUCCUCCAGAACCACCCCAACAAGACCAGUAGAUUAUUUAUCUAGAACCUAUCCAGCCAGUGCAAGUUUAAAUGAUUGAUUUUAAACACAAGCAGCGAUAAUCAAUUGUCAACUAUCUCAACAAUAAAUUGCAUGAUUAAGAACCCCAUCUAAAUAAAUAUCAGUUAUCACUUACUAAAAUAAGACAACAAAAUAAUCUCUCCAGUAGCCAUUCCAGAUUACUGCUAAAACCAUUGAAAACCUAAAAUUGUGAAGUUCUAACUCCACAAAGAAAUUAACUGCAUUCUAUCAUACACAAGGCUACCCCUCCACAUCAAUCCUCAAAUUCGCCAUAUCUAAAAUAACCCCCUUUAACUACAAGAUCAAAAUAUUUAUAAACUAGACUUUUCCUAUCUGGCAGAUAUUGA